AUGGCAAAUUAUGAGCGGUCCGAUGGGAAGAAUGCAGUUAAAAUGGAAGUGACUAAGGAGGGCUGGACUGGCUUCCACGAACGAACGAUGAAUGUUGAGCAAGGCAUUCGGGUCAAUAAGGAAUGGAUGAGUAUUGCUUCCCCAUCAUCGAACAAUUCUUCAGUUGGAAUUAAGGCGUUAUUUGUCCAAUCCCUCAACCCUGAUGUUAGUGACCCGGAUCUCUGGAUACCUAACCGACAGAUGCGUCGUGAUACGGCCACUGAGCAAAUGACUUGUCGACCUGUUCUGGUUAGCAUCGAUGACAUCUGGUCCAAUCAAAAUGAGUCUCGUUACUCCUUCCUUCCUGUAAAGACCGGCCGCUAUCAAUCCAUUCCAUCAACAUCUGGCUCCAAUUACUCGCUUCGUCUCAACACCUCUGCCAACUCAACCCAAUCGAACCUUAGUUCUACACAGAAUUUUGGUUCGAUCAUGAAUCCGCCACUAGCAACAUCUACAGCUGGUUUUUCUUCUCUGCCAUCGACUAUUCCCGCCUCAUAUCCUUCAUAUUUUUCCACUCGCCCUUUCUGGUCAUCAGCCAACAUAGUUAAUGGACCUUCUACCACGUCUAAGCCCCGAAUGUCCAAAGAAUCAGGUCGCCCGGGGCAAACCAAUGCUAAUUAUUUAUCAACUACUGAUAAGCAGAGCCAUAUUCGACUUCACCAACAGCGGGGGCGUCUGGUCCGAUUACACUUGAAUGAUGGCCGACCCUGUGUCACUGGCUACUGUCGAACCGGCCGAUGCUUCGACUCACGAGAGCGACGAGUUCAGCGCGUUUGGCAGAUGCUUAACUAUUGGACGAAGAGUCCCUUGAUGUAA